CAAAAAGCAAUAUCGAAAAUAUCCUCAAAAACCACAUCAUCAUAUCAUAACCUCGACCAAAUCAAACCAACUCUUACACCUCGAAACAAUACAUCAACUUUCAGAUGGCUUCCGGUUUUGCUUUCACCGAUAAGACUCAAGAAGCACUUGCAUCUGCUAUCGCUCUAGCUACUGAGCGAUCGCAUGUUAAUGUUCAACCAAUUCAUAUUGCUUUAGCUUUACUCGAUCCUUCAGUUUCAGGUUCAAACGGUCACGUUGGAUCAGCCAGUUCGGAUUGUUUAUUCUCAAACAUAUUAGAUAAGGCCGGUGCAGAUCCUAAAGAACUUACAAGAGCUCUCAACAAAAGAUUAGUACGUGAACCAAGUCAAGAUCCACCACCUGAUAAUGUGGGAUUCUCAAGUUCAGCUUCAAAAGUCUUGAAAGAAGCUCAAAAAUUAAUGCGUCAACAAAAUGACGCAUACAUUGCUCAAGAUCAUCUCAUCUUGGCUCUUCUCGAUGAUUCGGUUAUUAAACAAAUCUUCAAAGAUGCAAAUGUCUCAGAACCUUCGCUUCGUAAAGCUGUCAACGCAGUUCGAGCCGGCAAGAAAGUCGAUAGUAAAAAUGCUGAAGAAGGUUUUGAUGCAUUGAGAAAAUAUGCGGUUGAUUUGACUGAAAAAGCUCGAGAAAAUCUAUUAGACCCGGUGAUUGGAAGGGAUAAUGAAGUCCGAAGGUGUAUUCGAAUACUUUGCCGUCGAACUAAGAACAAUCCAGUGUUGAUUGGUGAACCUGGAGUGGGAAAGACAGCUAUCGCCGAAGGUCUUGCUCAACGGAUGGUCAACAGGGAUGUACCAGCCUCCCUGAUUGGUCGACUAUUCUCACUCGACUUGGGAGCAGUACAAGCUGGUGCAAGUUACAAGGGUCAAUUUGAAGAAAGAAUCAAAUCAAUCUUGAACGAAGUGGAACAAGCUACUGAGAAGGGUGAAAACAUCAUCCUUUUCAUUGACGAAAUGCAUCUCAUCAUGGCCGGCCAGGGUCAAGGUGGUGGUAUGGAUGCGGCCAAUUUAAUAAAACCCGUGUUAGCUCGUGGCAAGCUACGCUGUAUCGGUGCUACAACUUUGGCCGAGUAUCGUAAAUACAUUGAAAAGGAUGCUGCAUUUGAACGUAGAUUUCAGCAAGUACUUGUCAAUGAGCCUUCAGUGGUCGAGACAGUUUCGAUUUUGAGAGGCUUGAAAGAGAAGUAUGAAACUCACCAUGGUGUCUCCAUCUUGGACGGCGCUUUGGUCACAGCCGCCACUCUUGCCCAUCGUUAUCUCACCACACGUAGACUUCCUGAUAGCGCCAUUGAUCUGGUUGAUGAAGCCGCCGCGUCAGUAAGAGUUACGCGUGAUAGUCAACCUGAAGCUGUUGAUAGAUUAGAGCGUAAGAAACUGCAAUUGGAAGUCGAAGCCCAUGCGCUCGGAAAGGAAAAGGAUCAAGAUUCCAAAGCGAGACUCGAGACACUGAAACAAGAGAUUGCAGGUCUGAAUGACGAAUUACAGCCAUUGAAGGCCGCAUGGGAAGCUGCCAAGUCCAGAGGUGAUAAAAUUCGUGCAGUGCGAGAAAAGAUUGAAACUUUGAAAGCCAAAGCAGAAGAUGCCGAAAGACGUUACGAUGUCUCAACGGCUGCUGAUCUUCGACAUUAUGCCAUACCUGAUCUUGAAGAACAACUCGGUCAACUCGAAGCUCACAAGCGUGCAGAGGAUGCCAAACGAGGACCUUCGGAACUCGAAGAUGACAUUGUGACUUCUGAUGGAAUCGCAGAAAUCGUCGCGCGCUGGACUGGUGUUCCUGUCUCUCGACUCAAAGCUACUGAGAAGAUGAAGUUGAGAAUGAUGGAACAAGGUCUGAUGAAACAAGUUGUCGGUCAACCUGAAGCUGUGAAGGCCGUAGCGGAUGCGAUUCGAUUGAGUAGGAGCGGUUUGUCUAAUGAGUCAAGACCGAUUGCAUCCUUUUUGUUCUGUGGGCCUUCGGGAACGGGAAAGACUUUACUUACAAAGGCUUUGGCCAAGUUCUUGUUCGAUAGUGAAGAUGCAAUCUGCCGGAUCGAUGGGAGUGAAUACUCUGAGAAGCACAGUGUCAGUCGCUUGAUUGGCUCUCCACCCGGUUACGUGGGUCACGAAGAAGGAGGGACCUUGACGGAAUGGGUGCGAAGGAAACCAUACAGCAUCGUGUUGAUUGAUGAAAUCGAGAAAGCCUCAAGAGAGUUUACUCAAUUAUUCUUACAAGUUUUGGAUGAUGGUCGAUUGACCGACAGUCAAGGACGAGUGGUUAGCUUCAGAAAUUGUGUGAUUGUGAUGACGAGUAAUUUGGGAGCUGUUUACCUCAAUGAGACGCCUGAAGAUGAACCGGUACCUGAAUCUGCGAAGAUGUUAGUCCAUAGUGCCAUUCGUGCUCACUUUGCUCCCGAGUUCAUCAAUCGGAUUGAUGCGACUAUCAUUUUCAACAAGCUAGGAUCAGCACAAAUCCGAUCAAUUGUGAAUGUCCGAUUGGCUGAAAUUCAAAAACGAUUAUAUAUCAACGGAAAGAACAUCACAUUGGAAGUCGACGAUAAGGCGAGAGAUUGGUUAGGUCAAGCUGGAUUCAAUCCUCAGUACGGCGCAAGACCAUUGAAUCGAACCAUUCAGAAUGAAUUGUUGCAUCCCUUAUCCCGUAUGAUCUUAGAAGAAAGAAUUAGGGAUGGAGAAGUAGCUGCGGUGACAGCUGAUUGGAGAGCUAAUCGAAUCUUAAUCAGACCUAACCACGAAGCGACUUCAAUGGAUAUCGAUGAAGAGAUUGAUGGAUUGGAGGAUGAUGAUAUCAAGAUUGAAGAAGUCAAUUAAACUCUCAGUGUGUGUGUGUUUUGCGUUGAUUGUUUCCAUACUUUGUCUUGUGUGAUUUUAACGAGUAAAUCUUUAUUGAAAGAUGUGACGAUAUAAAAAAUGAUGAAUAAAAUCAGUAUGUUAUUGUGAAAUUGUUAUAUUGAAUAUUGAUUUUGUUUUGAAGUGUUUUUGUGUUUCUGUUAACUAAGAUGAAAAUGUUGUAAAUCUCUGUUUUCGAAAAAAUUAUUUACGCAAGUUUGUACAUCCUUAGAUUGGAUUCUCAAGUUAAUGAAAAUGUAUAGCGUUUUAUUUU